GGUCGCAUGCUCGCGGGUCAACAAACAAAACUGUCCUCAUGGAGAAACAUGUGCCGUUUUAAAGAUAUUUAAGUGUUUAAAAUAGGAACGAGUUUCAGCCUCUGUUAAACGUAUGCCUUGUGUUUUAAAGCGUCUGUAGUUCAGUAACGUUAGAUUGUUAGCUAACCUGAGCGGCUAUAGCUAGCGGCUACUUUAGCCGGUUGAGUUUAAGUUGUAGAGAUGAAAGGGAAAUGGAAGCAGAACAGCAAGAAGAAGAAGACGAAGGGAAAUGCUGUGUUACAGAAGUACAUGGUGGCAGUGGAUGAGUUCAUUAAAAGCAAAAGUGGCACUGAAGAAAGGGACAAUGACCAUGGUUUGAGGUUUGUGAAAAAGAAAAGCAGAAAGGAGCUGCGCAAACAGAAGCGAAAACUGAAAAAAGCCAAAAUGAAAAGUCAUUAUGAGGGUAAAAAGACCCUCAGUUUGCCCCAUAAUGAUGGUGAAACCUCGGGGAUAUCAGCUGAGGAACAGCCCCAGCAGCAGCAGCAGAAGAAGAAGAAGAAGAAAAAGGAGAAAGCAAAGAAAGAAGUGUCACAAGCACAGCCCAGUGAUGCUCCUACUAAGAAAUCAGACAGCUCCAAAACACCAGCAUCCUCCAAAAAAGGCAAGAAAAUCAACAAGCUUCAGGAAUCAAGAAAAAUGGCACUUUUGGAGGCAAAUGAGCAGGAAGACAGAGAAAUAAAGAAGUUAGAGCGGUACCUGGGAUUAAACAAGAGGAAAAACAAGAAGAGUCUCCCUCAGUCCUUUGUGGCUGAUGGACUGGAUUACAUCCUGGGUAUGCUUGACUCUGGCUCAUCGACUGUGGGGAUGUAUGAUGAUGAUGAUGACAUGGACAUGGCCAAGGAUAACUUUGAAAAGCUUGAUGAGAAUGACUCUCAGCUGUCAGAUGAGGAUGAAGAAGCGGAGGAUGAGAUGGAGAAUGAAGACAGUGAUGAAGAUAUGGGUUCAAUUGACGAUGAAAAUGAGGUGGAUGAUGGCGACGACGAUGAUGAUGAAAUGAUUGAUGAGGAGGAGGAGGAAAUGGAGGAUGAGCAGGUUGAAAGUGAUGCAGCUGACUCAGACAAUGAAAAUGAAGAGGAACCAGAAGAAGAGGAAGCAGACACAUCAGGCUCAAAGUCAGAAACUGUCAACGCUGCAGCAGGCAAGUAUGUGCCACCUCACUUGCGAGGCAUUGGAGAUGAUAAACGCAAAGCUGAGCUAGAAAAACUGAAGAGGAACGUAAAAGGCCUGGUGAACAGGCUGAGUGAGCCCAACAUGGCGUCCAUCAGUGGUCAGCUGGAGGAGCUGUACAUGAGCUGCAGCAGGAAGGACAUGAAUGAUACCCUAACGGAGGUGCUGCUGGCAGCCUGCGUCACCCCGUCCCUGAUGCCUGACAGACUCCUGAUGGAGCACGUCCUGCUUGUCAGCGUCCUCCAUCACGCCGUCGGGUUGGAAGUGGGAGCCCAUUUUCUGGAGGCAGUCGUGCGGAAGUUUGACGAGGUCUACAAAAAUCCAACUGAAAGCAAGGAAUGUGACAACCUGGUCGCCAUCGUCGGUCACAUGUACAACUUCCAGGUGGUGCAUUCUGUCCUCAUCUUCGAUAUCCUCAAACUGUUUGUCGGAGCCUUUACGGAGAAGGACAUUGAGCUAGUUUUGUUGGUUCUGAGGAAUGUCGGCUUCUUGCUGAGGAAGGACGACGCUUUGGCUCUCAAGGAGCUCAUCUCUGAAGGCCAGCGCAAGGCCGGCGACGUGGGGUCAAAGUUCCAGGAUCAGACCAGGGUGCGUUUCAUGCUGGAAACUAUGCUGGCUUUGAAGAACAAUGAUAUGAGGAAGAUCCCAGGCUACGAUCCUGAGCCUGUGGAGAGACUGAGGAAGUUGCAGAGGACUCUGAUCCAGCGCAGUGCGGGAGGCAGCGACGUGAAACUGAGGGUCUCUCUGGAUAACCUCCUGGCAGCAGAGCAAGUGGGCCGCUGGUGGAUCGUCGGCUCCUCGUGGAGCGGAGCGCCCAUGAUCGGCGAGCAAGGAAACACAACCUCAAAACAGAAUACUGCUGAGGGACAGUUCAGUGCCAAAGUCUUAGAGCUGGCCAGGAAGCAGAGGAUGAACACCGAGGUCAGGAGAAACAUCUUCUGUGUGAUUAUGACCAGCGAAGAUUACCUGGAUGCCUUCGAGAAACUGCUCAGGAUGGGCCUGAAGGACAAGCAGGAGAGGGAGAUUGUUCAUGUUCUGAUGGACUGCUGUCUGCAGGAGAAAAGCUUCAACGCCUAUUACGCCGUGCUGGGAGAGAAAUUCUGCUCCCAAGAUCGCCGCUUCCAGAUGACUUUCCAGUUCAACCUAUGGGACAAGUUCAGGGAGCUGUCCAACCUUCCCAGCAGCACCUUUAACAACCUGGUCCAGCUGGUUACCCACUUCCUUCAGAAGAAGUGUCUCUCACUCUCCAUACUCAAAGUAAUAGAGUUUGGAGAACUAGAUAAGUCCACAGUGCGCUUCUUGCGUCAGGUGCUCACCAAACUGCUCAAGGACCUUGAGCCUGAGGACCUAGUCAGCAUAUUUGGAAGGAUUUCAGGAAUUCCCAAGCUAGGAAUGCUGCGGGAGGGCUUGAAGCUUUUCAUCAGCCACUUCCUGCUGAAGAAUGCCCAGUCACAGGGACCAGCUGAGCAAGCAGCCAUGCUGUCAGAGCGCGCCCAGGUCGCCACCGGAGCCAUGGAGGCCAAAGAGGCCAAGCUCAAACUGUAAAACGCGGACACACACAACCACACACACCAGGGAACCAAACAGAUCUAACAGAACUGUGGGACAGACGAGGGCUUGUUAUCAGGAGCGAACCCAAACCUACAGUUUUCUUCAAAGAAGAAUAAAUAUGUUUGUGAUAUUAAAUUAAUAUUUUUGCUUUGGGGAGUCCUUGUACAUAAUUGUUACCAUGAAGAUUUUUAAAUGUUACUGAUGCUUUAGACACACACCAGUCUUAGCACAGUGCCUAUUCUACAGUAAGUAACUACAGUGUUAGUUCCAUGACGAUUUGAUAGCAAUACCCUGGAUAUUUUCUAUAAUUCCCAAGUACAUUGUCCAUACUGCUGCUUGUAUAUUUGGAGUGUCACAAUUUGUAAAACAUCGGUCAUAAAUGCUUCAAUAAAUCACAGAUAAAUCACG